CUUUAUUUCCUUAGUCUAUGUUUUUAGUUUUUGAGUUUGUUAAAGUCAUAAAGUGUUCCGACCGAGUUAAUUAAUAAUUUCAAAACCUUAAAAUAUAUUGUCUCAGCAUGAGCAAAAACCAAACAAUACUACGAACCGUCGACGAAAUUCCAUCUUUAUAUCGGCAAGUUUUUAGUGAAUAUCCAUGCUUUAAUGUUGUUCAGUCUGCAGUAUUAGACAGUGCUUUAAAAACAGAUAAACCCUUAGUUGUUUCUGCACCUACUGGUUCCGGAAAAACCGCCGUUUUUGAAUUAGCGAUUAUCAGACAUUUGAUGCAAAAUCAAAAUGCAGACGAUCUGUUAAAUAAUAAAAUAAUUUAUAUAUCACCUAUAAAAGCAUUAUGCGUAGAAAGGCUAAUGGAUUGGCAUAAAAAAUUCUCUCCAUUCGGAGUUAAAUGUCUUUCAGUAACGAGUGAUACAGAUGAAGGUGACUUUAGAAAUAUUUUGCAAUAUAAUUUGUUCGUUGCUACGCCAGAAAAAUGGGAUGUCUUAACAAGAAGAUGGAGAGAAAACAGCAAUUUAAUAGAGUCUAUAAAACUGUUUUUGAUCGAUGAGGUACAUUUAUUAAAUGCAGAUUCUAGAGGAGCUACUUUGGAGGUUAUUGUUAGUCGAAUGAAAACUGCAUUAGAGACACGCAGUUUUAAAAUGCCAAGUAGUAUACGAUUUAUAGCUGUAUCAGCUACAAUACCAAAUAUUGAAGACAUAACUGAAUGGAUUUGUGGAAAUGGGUCGGCUGAACUAUUUAGUUUUUCAGAUGAAACAAGACCAGUAAAACUCAAUAAGAUCGUGAUAGGUUACCAUUUUAAUCCACAAAAUCAGUCAGUUUUUAAGUUCGACAUGUCUUUAACUUACAAACUUCCGCCAUUGAUAGCAAAAUAUGCAGAAGGAAAGCCCACUUUGAUAUUUUGCAAUACAAGAAAAAGUGUUGAAAUGACAGCAAAUCAUUUAUUGUCAAAUAUGCAAGUUAGGUUGGGUGAUGAACUAAAAGAAAAACUAAAAAAACUUGCUGACGGAAUAUCGGAUUUAAAAUUGAAGCAACUUAUUAUGAAUGGUAUUGCCAUUCAUCAUGCUGGAAUGGCUCAAGAGAAUCGUCAUACGAUAGAACAUGGCUUUAGAAGCGGCAAUGUCCCAGUUCUGGUUACCACAAGCACCUUGGCGAUGGGGGUCAAUUUGCCUGCUCAUUUAGUUAUUAUUAAGUGUACCAAGUGUUAUUUUGACGGUGGUUAUAAGGAUUAUGAUGAAAUGUCAAUUUUUCAAAUGAUUGGGAGAGCUGGCCGUUGUCAGUUUGACACAAGCGCCACUGCUUUGAUAUUGACUAGUUAUCAAGAUAAAGCAAAAUACGAUAAAAUGUUAGAAUGUUCUCAGCCCGUUGAAUCGAAUCUUCAUAAACAUUUAACAGAACAUCUGAAUGCAGAAGUUGUUCUAAAAACAAUAACUGAUCUAGAUGUUGCAAUGCGAUGGCUGUCAUCUACAUAUCUUUAUGUAAGAGCCCGAAAAUGUCCAGAAAAAUACAAAUUUCCUGCUGGCUUGAGCAAAGAGAAAGUGGAUAAGAAAUUACUUGAUAUAUGUCAAAUCGAUUUAAACAAGCUAGUAAGAGGUGGUAUGAUCAAAAUGACAGAUUCUAUUGAAAUAUCCCCUACGUUAGUUGGAGAAAUUAUGGCGAAGUACUAUAUUGCUUUUGAUACAAUGAAGCUCUUUACAGAAAUUACCGGAGUAGAAGUACUUAAACAACUUUUAGCAAUUUUCUCGAAGUGUAAAGAAUUUUCUGAAAUCUAUCUCAGAAAUAACGAUAAGAGAAUUUUAAAUAUUUUAAAUAAAAAUAAGCACAAGCAAUCCAAUCGGUUUCCGCUGAAUGGUAGAAUAAAAACGGUUGAUAUGAAAAUAAACGUAAUAAUCCAAGCUGUUCUAGGCAAUUUGGACAUUUCCGAUCAGUCUAUUAUAUGUGACUCUACAAAAAUUAUGCGAAACUGCCAGCGGAUAGCCAAAUGUUUAAUUGAAUACCUAGAAAGUAGAGACAAAGUAUACAAUGCACUAUUAAAUGCUAUAAUAUUGGCCAAAUGUUUCAAAGUUAAACUGUGGGAGUCCUCACCCUAUGUGUCAAAACAGUUAUCAGGCGUGGGACAUGUGAUGUCCACAUUGCUUGCCAAGGCUGGAAAAGUGACAUUUAAGGAUAUUGCAGAUAGUAAUCCCCGGCACAUUGAAAUGAUUAUUAACAGAAAACCUCCUUUUGGUAAUACUUUGGUGGAAGAAGCUAAACAUAUUCCAGAAUAUACCCUGAAAUUGGCAAAGCAUAACAACUCUGUGAAAUUAAAUAUAGCUUUGCAAAACUCUAGUAUUUUAGAGGAAAAAUGUACCGUUGAUUUAAAUUCGUUUAUGGUCCUGCUGGUGGGAGACAGUGAAAAUAAUAUUUUGUUAUAUGAAAAAUAUUCGCACUUAUACAUACUAGAAAUGUUGGAAGUGGAAAAAACAGUAAUUUUAGAGGGAAAUAAAAUAGAUUGGAUUAAAGCAAAUUUAAUCAGCGAGAAUUGGGUUGGGUUUGAUUGUGAAUUGAAGUUAGAUAUGUGUCAGCCAGUUUCAGACAAAAAUGCUGUUUCAAAACAAAUUCCGAAGCAAACAUACAUGGAUAGUUAUAUGCCUAGUGUAAAGCCUAAAAAUGUCAAUAAUAAAGUACAUAAACCAAAUAGUUUAAAAAGCACCCUGGCAAAUAAGAAAACUCAAUCGCAAAAAAGAAAUACUAUUGAAACCAAAUUAUUAAGAAAUACUAGCUCUCCACCAAAAAUUACAUCGAAAGAUAAAGAAAAUAUUUAUACCGACGAAGACGAGUUUCUGAAUCUUAAUUUUUCAAAAUUUGAAAAUAUGUUUGAUAAAACUGCUGAGAAAAAUAACCCUAUACAUACAAAGGAGCUUAAAACUGGAGCAAUUGUAAAAGAAAAGCCAAAAGCUUUUUGCUUGAACUUUGAUAGUAAUGGAUCAGAUAACAACACCAGCUCUAACAAUAAUCUAAAUGUAAAUAUGGAGGACUCUAUCUCUAAUAUAACUGAAAACAGGGAGACAAUUUUUAGUGAACUUUCUAACUUGAAAGUCUGUGACCAGAUGACACGAAAAUAUUCUAAAACUGAAAAGAAAGCUGAAAGUGUUGACAAGAAGAGUGAGCAAAAAGAGUGUGACAAUAAGAAAAAUUAUGAUACUUCUCACGCUACAUUUCCUUUAUUAACAAAAGAAAAUAAAAGUACAAACAUUGAAGAAAAAUACUCAAACGAUAUUCCUUCGAAAAGUAUAAAAUGGCGAUCACCCCUUAUACAUUCUCCAAACGUCAGAUUCUCUCCUAGAAGUCACAUAAGUAAAGAGUUCGGCCAGUCGAGCAAUUGCUUAUUAAACAUCAGUAUGAUUCCUGAAUUGGAAAAUCCUUGUGCUAUCCUUUUGAACUCACAAAAAAGAAGUUCACUUAAAGCAGAAAGCCCUAAGAAGGUACUGAAAACUUCUUUAAAGCGCAAAAAUCCAUUCCCUUUAAGCGAUCAGGAGAAUGUCGAAGAAGAAGAUGACUUUUCGGCAAAUGAUAAGGAUAUGGAAGAGUCUAAUUUAUUUGAGCAAUUAUCAAGCCGGAACAAUAUGAAGUUAAAAAAGAGAGACCUAAAUGCUUCACAGAGUAGUGUAGGAAAUUAUUACACACAAUUAAUGCAAUCAACACAAUCUAAAAAAGAAAAAAAUAUUUUGAGUGAUAGAAUUCUGGAAGUUCAGCCGUCUCAGUCUUGGAUCCAGCCUAAUAAACACGAAUUUAUCAUAAAUAACCCGAUGCCAGGAGAUUUUCAGAUAUCUCAGGAUUUAUUUAGCGAAGCUGACAUCUCACAAAAUAUAAGUCAAAAUCAUAAGGUUUUGCCUUCGAAUUAUAAUGAACUGCCUGCGGAAAUUAGCCCUAAUCACCUAAGAUCAACGAGAGGUUACCAACGUGAAACUCCGACUACUGAUUAUAACUGCUGCCUUGAUCAAAAUUAUGGACGAAGACACCUUGAAGAAUGUUAUAUACCAUCGCCAGCAUAUCCAAGACAUUCACACUAUUUUUAUCCUUCGAAUCACUGCCCGGGGCACUCACCAUCAUACAGAUGCUGUUCACAUCAAUGUGAACGACCAGCCCCAACGUAUUCUAAUCAUUAUUUCACAGACACACAGUCAAUGCUGCCCUCGAUUUGGAGAAAUCCAGUGAAUGAUUUUGGAAGGUGUUCAGAAUAUUAUCCGGUAAAAGAACAAUCUCGCUUCCUGUUUUCCAGACCUAGCCAACAAUUAAGUCAUAAUGAAGAUCGUUUUGGUGCAAGAAAUUUAGGAGGUCUACCCAUCUAUCCUCAAGAGGAAAAAGAUAACAAUUUUUGGAAUGCACCAAAUACUAAUCAGAAGGUGACUACGUCAAGAUAUUCAGAGAAUUGCAGGAAUAAAACAGCUGAUCUAAAUCUUUCUCAAGGAAAUUUGGGAGCACUAUUUUCUUAUACCCCUAAAAAGCAGCUACAAAGCAGUUCACAGCAAAUAAGUUUACCAUAUGGGAAACCUCCAACAACUCUAUAUCCUCAAAGCUAUAGUACACCUCAACAACGCCUCUUGAAUUUUGAAAGAUUUGAAGAGGGGAUAAAUAAUAGAAUUUCAGUAACGAGAAAUGAAUUUUGCGUUAAUGCCAAGACGGGUGCGAGGAAUGCAGUGGAUGAAGAAGGAAAGGUUAGAAACCGGUAUUAUUUUCAAGAUAGAACUUUAUAAUUUUAAAAUUUUUGUUUCUAUUUUAAUACAAGAUUCAAUUUUUUCUAAAUAUAGUUACUUGUUUGUUAAUCGUAAUUUGUGACUCGUAAAGUAAAGUGAUUAUUGUCGAUCUUGAAAACGUUAAAUAUUAAUAAAAGUUUACUUUAAA